AUGACGACAGGUGAGAGAUGGAGAGGGGACGGGGAACCAGACAGGAAGAGGGACCGGGCCGAGGAGGAAGCUGAAGAGGAGCGACACAGAGAGCUGAAGCUGAGGAACUACACCCCAGAGGAUGAAGAGCUGAAGGAGAGACAGGUGCCCAAGGCCAAGCCUGUUUCAGUGGAGGAGAAAGUGAAGGAGCAGCUAGAUGCAGGGAAACCAGAGUCGGUCAUUGAAGAAGUGGAUUUGGCCAACCUAGCCCCCAGGAAGCCUGACUGGGAUUUGAAACGAGACGUGGCGAAGAAGCUGGAGAAGCUGGAGAGGAGAACACAGAAGGCCAUCGCUGAACUUAUCCGUCAGUUUGUUAUUGUAUUAAAUACAGUGGAUGUUAUGCUGGGACCAGAUAUGACUGGUCUGAACGUGGAGUUAGUGACUGUAUCAGACUAUAUGACUGGUCUGACUGUAUCAGACUAUGACUGUCUGACUGUAUAG